AUGAUAUUGGACUAUCUAUCUAUCUAUCUAUCUAUCUAUCUAUCUAUGUUUAAUUUAUUUGCUGGCCGAAGAUCUGCCUUCCUUACUCCUGCAAAGAAAGCACGCUUGAGGAAUAAUCCAACACGGGUUCGUUUUGCUGAUGCUGUUAUUGUCAAUGGCACCUCUGUGAUCAGUCCGUCCUGCCAAGAAAGUUAUGUGCCUUUAAUGCCAAAUGUUCUAAAAGUGUUUCUGGAGAAUGGACAGACUAAGUCUUUCAAAUAUGAUAAUAAAACCACUGUGAAGGACGUUCUUAAUUCCCUUCAAGAGAAACUAAGCAUACGAAGUAUUCAGCAUUUUGCCCUCGUUCUCUACAACAUGCGCAGUCCCAUUCCUGGAAAGCUUGCCAUUCUACGAGAGGAUGAAACUAUAGCUGAGAUUGCAGCUAAACCAGGUUCUCGUCAUUUUCGGUGUCUAUUUCGGGUGACAUUUGUACCUGUGGAUGCUUAUGCUCUUUUGAAAGAAGACCCUGCAUCAUUUGAAUACUAUUUUACACAGUGUUGCAAUGAUGUUGUCCAAGAGCGAUUUGCAGGUGACUUGAAAUAUGAAAGCAUGUUUCGGCUGGCGGCACUUCAAAUCCACCAGCACGUGACAAGUCGGGGUACUCAAACCAAGUUCUCCCUCAAGUCCUUUGAAAAAGAGUUUGGCCUGAAUAGAUUUGUACCUCGAACUAUUCUGGAAAAUAUGAAAAUGAAAGAUGUCCGUCGAACUCUGACACAUUACUUGCGACAGAACCAAAAUCUAACACUCCCUGGUCAAAAGCACCUCCCCACAAUCCAAGCAAGACUGCACUACAUUAAGAUUCUGUCGGACCUGCUAACUUUUGGCGGCAGGAUUUUUUUGGCCACAAUCGCUGAGGGUGACAACAACAAGACAGAACAUAUGAUUGUUGUUGGACCAAGAACUGGCAUCAGCAGAAUCACCAAUGUCAAGACAUAUGCUCUGGAACCAAUAGCAGAUUUUGAACACAUUGAAAAGAUGAGUGUCAUACGAGAUGGAGAGAAUAUACAAUGGGUUUCAGUAGAAUUGAAAGGAGAAACGACUACAACUUUGUGUGUCGGCCUUUUAAAUGAUGAUGUCCCAGAUUUCCUAUCACUUCUUGAAGGUUAUUAUCGAGUGCUUGUCGAUUCCAAUAAAGUUUUAUUAGAUAAAUCGCAACUCCAGAAACCUGAAGGAGAGAAUAGUGCUCCAGUCUACGAUGGCAAACACCGUGUGAUUCCUAGUCAUUGGAGCUAUCCAGACAACAUUGUUUCCCAACCUGUGGAGAUGGACACUGAACAAGUGGUUGGAAAGGUACUUCAUAAUGAACAAAUCAUUGAUCUUUCACAGUCUGAAGAUGGAAAGGUGUCAUGUAAUUUUGCAGUCAAGUUGAGGUAUGUAAAUGGACAUGAAACACAAGAUCAAGCAGAAAAUGUUAGCAGAGAUGCAGUUGUGGAAGUGUCCUCUUGUGAUGAGUUGUGUUCCAAAUCAGAUAAUACAAAUAAAAGAGAGGCACAAAAAAGGGAAACUGAUGAUGAUGAUGAUGAUGAUGAUGAUGAUGAUGCUGAAGAGAGGGAAGACAAUGAAGAAGGGGACGAGUACGAGGAAGAGGAGGAUGAUAUCAGUGACCCUUUCACACCUGAUGAGUUUGUGUACAGCAAACUGAUGUGCGUGUCAAACGAUCAUGACUUUGACACAGGCAUUACCUCCUUCACUCCAAUGAAAUCUGAGUCAAGCACCAGGCUUCAACAGCAGUUAUCUCCAUCAUCAGUUAAUGCAGAGCUGCUAACAUUCAAGCGUUAUGUGCCUAGUCCUAUCAGUAGCCAUGCAAAGCGUCUACGGCAAAGAAAGCUGGGCACCAGCACGGCCAUAGCAGGAGCUAGUGAAGAAGAGCUCUUGCAAAUUAUGGAGAAGAGCUCCACAACGCAAAUCCUGCAACCAAAUCCAAAAUCACCGCCUGAAGACUCUACCCUCUCCGAUACAGACAGUAUGGAUUUUAACGGGCUCAAUAUUGAAGAGAAGCCAUUGUUGUCUGUCAGGGAUUCCUUGCAUAUAACCCAAAGUCAUCACAGCAGUAAACUUCAAAAGGACAGUGAUUCCGACAGUUGGGGGACACCUACAGGAAGCCCCGGUGCAAGCCCUGGAAAGAGUCAACUAGAACUGAGACCACACUCAUUUAAUUUUAGUAAGGACACUGUUUAA